AACCUGAACUCUCCCAACAAAGGUCUGCUGGCCGACAGCAUGACGGACGUGCCCGUGGAGGGCGCCGCUGCGGCAGCCCGCGCGCCCGCUUUCGAGGGGCUGACGCCAGCCGAGGAGGAGGAGCUGCGCACCGAGCUGGCCAAGGUGGAAGAGGAGAUUGGUACUCUGCGCCAAGUCCUGGCUGCCAAAGAGAGACACUGUGGAGAGCUGAAGAGAAAAUUGGGCCUGACUCCCUUUGAUGGGCUGAAGCAAAAUUUGUCCAAGAGCUGGCAUGAUGUUCAGGUCUCCACUGCUUAUAUGAAAACGUCUGAGACACUUGGAGAAUGGAAUGAGAAAGUGACACGGUCUGACUUAUAUCGCUCGGCCAGCAGCACAUUGGAGGACUGGAAUGAAAAAUUAACCCAAUCGGAAGCUUAUAAGAAGACUCAGGAAACCUUGUCUCAGGCAGGACAGAAGACUUCAGCUGCCCUUUCUAAUGUGGGUUCUGCUAUAAGCAGGAAAUUUGGUGACAUGAGGAAUUCUGCAACCUUCAAGUCAUUUGAAGAUAGAGUUGGGACCAUAAAGUCCAGAGUGGUGGGCAGCAGAGAGAACAGCACUGACGGCCUCCACUCCCCAACAGGCGUUGGAGAUAAGCCACCACAGGACAACGCUCCUUUCUAAACCCAUCGCAUGGCUUUGCACGGCUGUGCACAACUGCGAGAGUGAACCCCCCUAAUUUUUCAUCACAGUAACAACAUGCAGAUAAGGGGAGGGGAUGAGCCCCACUCUGAAGAGAGAGAUCCAUACAUCAACACACAGACAUUGCUGCUGGGUUCAAGUCAAAUAAAGAGAACACAAAGUUUUGUACACAACUAUUUUACACUAAAGUUUGUAGAUGAAGUGCAUCACUGUGCUGUCCUCCUGGGAGAGCACUUAAAAUGGAGUUUCCUCAGUGUAGUUCAGAAGCAUUCUUUUGGCAUAAGUUGCCUGUGGUCCCCACUCAGAGAUGUGGUCUUCGAGCUGGGGAAGCUUUCGGCCCACGUGACGAGCAGUUAUGGAAGAAGCUAAUUGCACAGGAGACCUAAAUCUUCCAUUUCUGGCUGUUCAAAAUCAUUUAUGGCAGUAGUUGGGUCAUCCCCCUCGCUUCUCCCAUCACUGCUCCCUCCUGCUAUCCCAGAAAUGGUGCCGGAGACAUGAAUGAGGUAAACAGUUAUUUUCUCUGGGCUCCCAAACAGGAAACUUGGUUUAGCAGCUGCCUCGUUACACUAAUGCUCUAGCUUUAACAAAACUAAAAUCUUUAUUUUUAAAAGCAAUGGACUUCAAAAAUGAAAGCUGACCAGAAAAAAAAGAAAGCUUUAGCAUCAUAUUAGGGAUAUAUUCCCCUGGACUCUGAAGCUGAAAUGCAAGCCUUACAUCACCUUAUGCUUUACUUGUUUAUAAUCUUUUUAUAUAGAGAGAACUGUGAGGGUUAUCAAGUUGGGUUUUGAGCACUGGAGUUUUGCAUCAUACAGUAGUAGCAGCAUGCCUAUGUGCCAGUUAUUGUGUUCAUUUGAAAUGGUGCACUCUGUUGCUUCAGUGUGUAAAACUUGCUUCUCUGUCCUUGAUAUAAGCCUGUGUUCCUGGAAAAGAAGGCUGCUAGCAGUGUGGAUUAGGAAAGGGCAAAGGUGUCUGUAGCAAUACGGGCACCGUACUGGAGAAUCCCUUCUCCGCCUCACCUCUGUACAGGCUACGCAGUUUGGAACAUCCUCAAUGUGAUCGCACAUUCUCUUGGCUAAUAUCCCCACCUAGAAUCGUUGUUUACAGGAACUGGAGAGAAUACUGGAGACUGACCUCUUCCCAAAGUGUCUGGAUAUGAUGCUCUUGUGAUGUCCAGCACAGCUGCUCAGGAGCUGUAGAAUUCAAGGUUACCUUACAGUGGCCUGAUUUGAACCCAGGGAAGAGGUGCCUCCAUGUCAGACAUACCUAGAGUGAGCAAUUCUGUGCCUUAGAGGCGAAGUGGGUCUUACUCAGGUCUUUAGGUUUGCUUACGUACAUAUCAGAGUAGUCGCGAUGGCUUGUUACUCUAGUGGAACUAAACCUUACUCAACCCUUUAGAGAAGCAAGUUUUGACACUUAUCUGCUGAUUUAAUAAUCUCAAUACCCACCCCUGGUCCCCCAUUUUGCAGGUGUUGUGGGAGUGCUAUGACCUGUUAGAAGGCAGACGUACUAGGAACUAGGCGGAGUGUAGAGUGUCAUUUACCGGGGUUUAUUGUUUUGUGGCUGAAUCUUGCCUCUGAAUGGGGGAGCAGUAUCGCUUAAAAUGGGGACUGCUGGAGUUUAGGUAUUGAACUGUUUCUCUUUACAUGUGAAUAUUAGGGAAAUUUGUCAAUAAAGCAUUCCUUUGGGGAAAAAAAAA